CGCAAGUACGUACGUGAGUCUGACAGAUGCUCUAGACAGGCUAGGAACGGAUCGGAGACUGCCACUGCCCUCUAUUUCUCGGCGUUCGAUUUCACCAUUUCACCAAAACUCACCGAAAAGUGGGAAAGAUGAACCCAGCUUAUCCACCCCAGCCAUAUCAUCAGCCCACUGGGCCGCCGCCACCGUACAGUGCCCCCACCAAUGCUGGCCAGCCUCCGCCCAUUGGAUUCAACCCUAAUCUGUAUGCAUCUCCUCAACCUGCCUAUGCACCCACAAGUCACUAUGCCGCGGCUGCAGCCCCACCAGUGGCCCAAGCUGCGCCCCCACCUGCAGCUUAUUCUGCUUACAGUUCCGCCCCUCCCCCAGCCCCAGCAUACAUAACCCAGGCUGCGGUCCCAUACAAUGCAUCAGGGGCGUACAACCCCAACCAACCUACGUACAUCCAUCCUCCCCCGCAGCAGCCAGUGUCCAACCUGACCGUUGUCCAGCCCACUCGGACAGUAUAUGUGGCCAAUCCGGGGCCGAGCCCUGGUACCAGUGCCGGUCUGGGCUUCUUAGCUGGGGCCGCACUGGCGGGCAGUCACCACCACCAUCACCAUCACGGAUUUGGCCACCACGGUGCUUUCGGACACCACCACCACCACGGAUUUGGUCACCACGGAUUCGGUCACCACUGCUAGACUACGCACGGGCCCUUCCCCAUCAGGUUGGCCCCCCCUUCCUUUGUCGACCAAACUGUGAUGGGAAAUCUGCGAAGAGUAUAAACUGCAGGCUUAGGUAUGGUCACAGCUGGGUGGCUCUGUCUGAAGUGUUCAAACAGAAAUGCAGAGAUUGUGGAGUUACUGAGUGUAGACAGUCUGCAGAUUUCUUAACGAAGAGCACUUUUAAUUACCGACCGUACCGUUCUUGUUAUUCAGAUCAGGGUUUAUCGUCUUGUAUCCGGUCAAAACUGCUUGGGUGCUUAAACUCAAGUCUCAUGUGAUCUGAGAUACGUGACUGGAUGAAACUGGAUAAAACCGGAUGAAGCUAAAAUUAAGGCGGGUAUCUGCUGCCUGUAGACAUUUGGACUUGGCAAAGUCUUACCUGGCUGUGUCCUUGAGUAGCAUUUGGAUAAGAUAGUGGCAGAACUAAGAUUUACAAAUGAGGCGCUUUGGAAAAGUUUGGCAUGAUGUUAUUCAUUAUCACCCUCAAGAUCACCAAAGAUAAAGAUAAUAUUGCACACAAAAGAUCCUCUAAAAGUAGUUUAUAAAAAAAGAGAAGCAAGUUUAACUCAAGAUUACAACUCCGGAAAUUAAAUAUUAUUUCUCGCUGCUCUGUUUGCAAAGGGCAAGGUCACUUUUCUCAAGAGGAAAAAA